AUGCGGGAGGUCCUUUCCCCGCAUCGCUCCGCAACCCAACUCCGCAGCCGCCGGCACCGAGACCCCCCCAGGACCCCCCCCCGGACCCCCUCCAGGACCCUCUCCAGGACACCCCCCAGGACCCCCUCCAGGACCCUCUCCCCACCCCGGACCCCCGCAGCGGUGAGUCCGAACCGACCCCGAACCCCUCCCCCUUCAGGACCCCCCCCAGCACCCCCCCGCAGGACCCUCUCCAGGACCCUCUCCAGGACCCCCCCCAGGACCCCCUCCAGGACCCCCCCAGGACCCCCUCCAGGACCCCCCCCCAGGACCCUCUCCCCCGCCCGGACCCCCGCAGCGGUGAGUCAGAACCGACCCCGAACCCCUCCCCCUCCAGGACCCCCCCAGGGACCCUCUCCAGGACCCUCUCCAGGACCCUCUCCCCCCCCCGGACCCCCGCAGCGUGCCCCCCGACCUGAGCCUGCUGGGAUGGCAGCGAUGGACACCGAGGGGGAGCUGCCCCCACAGGACCCCCCCCAGGACCCCCCCCCGGACCCCGAGCUGCCAGAGGAGACCUCCGCGGUACCACCCAGCCCCGUGCCCCUGGCGCCACCAGUGCUGCCUAUCCCCCACACCCCCAGUGCCACCCACACCAAUGCCACCAGUGCUGCCUAUCCCCUUCCACCCCAGCGCCACCCACCCACCCCCCACAUCCCCAGCGCCACCCCCAACCCCACCUCGGUGCCCAUCUCUCCCCGCAGCCCACCCUUGCCCACCGCCCUCCUCCAGCACCCACCCGGCCAGAUCCCCGCGCAAAGCUCCUGCCCGCGGAGCCGCCGAGUCCUCUGCCCCGCGGGUGGGUUCGGCCCCGCUGAAGGAGCUGCUGAGGCUCCGCGGGGGUCGCCUGCGCCCAACCAUCUGCGGCGAUGCGGGAAGGGCUUCAGCCGCAGCUCGGACCUGGCUCGGCACCAGAUCACCCACACCGGGGAGCGACCCUACAGCUGCGGCGCCUGCGGCAAGAGCUUCAGCCAGAGCUCCAACCUCGCCACCCACCGCCGGAUCCACACCGGCGAGAAGCCCUACGGCUGCGGGCACUGCGGGAAGCGCUUCAGCGAGAGCUCGGCGCUGGUCCAGCACCAGCGGACCCACACCGGCGAGCGGCCCUACGGCUGCGUCGACUGCGGGCGCCGCUUUAGCGUCAGCUCCAACCUCAGCCGCCACCGCCGCACGCACGGCCGCCAGGGGGCGCCGCACGCCUGCCCCAGCUGCGGCCACGGCUUCCGCCACAAGGCGCAGCUGCGGCGCCACCAGAAGCUGCACGGAGAGGCUGCGCCCAUGGAGCAGGAGGAGCCUUGCGUGGUGGAGCUGCAGGACUCGGAUGAGGAGGACCUGGUGCGGAGAGUCUACAUCGCCCCCACAGUCCCCUGCCCCCCAGAAGCGAGAAACGCGGGGGUGGGGGUGGCCAAGUCAGCUCCGGCGGCGCAGGGGGUGUGGGUGGGGCCGCAACCUCCACCGUGGUUUUUGUGGGGGAGGAGGAAGAAGAAGAAGGAGGAGGAGGAGGAGGAGGAGAAAGCCUCGGGGCAGGGGUGGUUGGGGGACGGCCCCGAGGGGGGGGGUCGCCAACGUCCUUUUAUCUGCAACGAGUGCGGGAAGAGCUUCAGCCAUUGGUCGAAGCUGCUACGGCACCAACGCACCCACACCGGCGAGCGGCCGAGCACCUGCGGCGAGUGCGGGAAGAGUUUCAGCCAGAACUCCCAUCUGGUCCAGCACCGCCGCACCCACACAGGCGAGAAACCCUACAGCUGCGGCCACUGCGGCAAGAGCUUCAGCUGGAGCUCCAACCUCAUCCAGCACCAGCGCAUCCACACCGGCGAGAAGCCUUACAGCUGCGGGCAGUGCGGGAAGAGCUUCACGCAGAGCAAGAACCUCAUCAAGCACCAACGCACCCACUCGGCCGCCCGCCCCCACCGCUGCGCUCAGUGCGGCAGAGGCUUCGCUCAAAGCACCAACCUGCAGAAACACCAAAGGGUCCACGCGGCCCACGGGCAGCCCCCGGCCUGCCCCGACUGCGGGCAGAGCUGCCGCGAUGGAGCCGAGCUGGAGAGGCACCGGGCACAGCAGCACGGGCAGGAGCCCUUCAUCUGCGUGGAGUGCGGGGAGAGCUUUGCCCGCAGUGCCACCCUCAACCGCCACAAGCGAGUCCACAAGCCGCUGUUUGCCCGCUGAGGGGAGGGGCGAGGGGGUGCGGGCAGGAGGGGAAGGGCCUGAGGGCGUGGGGAGGAGGUGGCGGCGGCGCUGGAGCUCGGCAGAGCGGGGGAGAGGCGGCGCUGGAGCUCAGGGACACGGCAAGCUCACGGACGUGGGGAUGUGGAGCUGGUGGGUGUGGAGGGCGUGGAAGGGUCGUGUGGAGCUCAGGAACGUAAGGACAUGGAGCUCGUGGACGUGGGAGCGUGGAGCUGGUGGAUGCAGGGGCACAGAGGAGCUGUGACAUGGAGCUCGUGGAUGCAGGGGCACAGAGGAGCUGUGACAUGGAGCUCGUGGACAUGGGAGCAUGGAGCUCAUGGAUGCAGGGACACAGAGGAGCUGUGGGAACAUGAUGGUGUGGAGCUUGUGGCCAUGGGGACACGAGAGGGUCGUGACAUGGAGCUCAUGGCCACAGGAACAUGGAGCUUGUGGACACAGAGGUCGUGGCUUGGAGCUCAGGAACAUAGGGACAUGGAGCUCAUGGACGUGGGGAGCUCACAGAUGUAGGAACAUGGAGAGGUUGUGGCAUGGA